GUUAGGGUACUUACGGCUGAGCGACUGAGCUGACUGAGCGGACUGAGCUUGAGUAUGGCUUGAGUGCGCCAUAUGAGAGCUGCUGAAUGCGCUGGGGCCGCAGUCGAUUUGUGCAUUUAUUCUGGUUUUGCUUGCAAUCUCGAGCCACCGAUUCGUCACGAAAGUUCCGGGAUAUCACUGAGCGUAUUCAAAGUGCAGCGUACACCGCAGCUCGCACAUGACGCAAGAAAAACCGAAGGAUGACUGCUCUCCGAGGAGUCGGAGUUCUAGCGAUGCUUCCAAGUCGAAGGAAAAAAAGGACAAGUCGUUUCUGACAAAAGUAGUGAUUCGACGACUACCGCCGACUAUGUCGGAAGAUCAGUUCCUGGAUCAGAUCUCACCGGUGCCCGAAAACGACUACAUGUACUUCGUCAAAGGAAACAAGAGCCUUGGUCCGAACGCAUUCUCGAGGGCAUACAUCAACUUCAUCAACCAGGAAGAGAUCUUCAUUUUCAAGGAGAAAUUUGACGAGUAUGUGUUCCUGGACGAGAAAGGUAACGAGUACCCGGCCAUUGUGGAGUACGCUCCGUUCCAGAAGAUACCCAAGCGCCGCACUCGGAAGAAAGACCCCAAAUGCGGGACCAUCGAGCAGGACCCAGAGUACCUCAAGUUCCUGGAGAGUUUGGAACAGCCGGAAGAGGUGUCCUUACCCUCCAUCGACACCUACAUUGAGGAGAUAGAGUCCAGGGAGAAAGAAAUCAAAGCCAACAACGGCUGCCUGAAGGUGGUCACCCCGCUCAUCGAGUACCUCCAGCAGAGGAAACUGGAGAAGCUGGCUGCCCAGAAACUGCGGGAGGAGCGCCGGGAGGAGCGCAAGCGGCGCGAGGUGGAGAAGAAGCGGCUGCGUGACGAGGAGAAACGGCGCCGCAAGGUGGACCGGGAACGCUCCAAGGACUCGAGCGUCAAGGACUUUGACGAGGAGCCUUCCCAGAACGAGGCGGAGGCCAAAGUGGUCAAGGUGCUGAGGAACCCUGUCCGAGAGCAGGAUCCGCCGUCUUCCAAGGACAGCGGUGUGGUGCCCAAGGUUGCAUCCACACCGGGACCCUCUAAGCUUGCAGCACGCAGCACGACGGCAAGCAGCACUGCUCGCAAGGAGUGGGACCGCCCGAAGAGCUCCAGGCCUCUCAAGGACUACUCCAAGGAUCACAAGGACUACACCAAAGAUCAUAAGGACUAUUCCAAAGAACACAGGGACUAUUCGAAGGAGUACAAGGAGUAUCCGAAGGAGCACAAGGACUAUUCCAAGGAACAUAAAGACCACUCCAAGGAUCAUAAGGAGUACUCCAAGGAACACAAGGAGUACAAAGAGUAUUCCAAGGAGCAUAAGGAUUACUCCAAGGAGCACAAGGAAUACUCUGGUCCCAAGUACAAGUCCGAACAGGUCCACAGGAAAAAUUCAACAGGGUCUUCUAGCACAACACAGAGUCAGGAGUCCUCCUCCACAGUCAAAGUCGCGGACGACGAGCGGCCCUCCGCGGAAAGUUCCUGGAGUUCACCUGCCGAGAGCAGAGCCACAGAGAAGGACAGGGACAGGGCGUCCACGUCCGAGGAAACAUCACUUUCCAAGCAGAAGGAUCCACGCGCAGAGCGGAGGAUCCGGAAUAAGGACCGGCCCUCGAUCGAGAUCUACCGACCCGGAAUGCGCAGGGGGACGACGCAGAAGCCGGGCUCUUCGUCGCAAGACGACACUCCGUCGUCCGGCAAGUCGUCUCGGAACACAGGCUCAAAAUCGUCCUCCGCCAAAACGUUGUCUGCGCAAGAGGAAGAGGAGUGACCUGUUGUGCCCCCUUUACCUUCCUUUUUUUAAUUCUCGGGCCGACUCGGGGAGGCAAAGCCUGCUUCCAUCGUUUUGUAAAUAAAGAGAACACUGACCCGA